AGUCGACUCUCGCAUAUCGAGAGCCAGUGUUGAAGUGUUUUCUCACUGUCUGUAUGUAUUGAACGCAUAACACAUACAACAAGUUAUUUACAUUCAAUUCAAUACAAAUAGCAUUGAAUAGUGAAAUGUGUAUUAAAUCGCGUCAAAUAUGGUCGAAGUGGGAGACGGAGUGAAUGUAUUUGUCAGACCAUCACUACCUGAAUAUCACUCAUCCAAUUGAUCCCAAACAACAAUCCCUUUGACCACAAUUUGCUCAUUCAUAACAACUAUAGUAUUUGUCUCUCAUUUGUUUGAAUCGUUUUUUGUGUUUAAUUUUUGUUUUCAAUACAAACCAAUGGAUCGCUCAAAAAGUGGAAUGAAGAGCUAAUCCCAGACAUUGAAGGCAUUCAUAACAGUAUUGUCCGCGAUUUGUGUCAAUUGUCCACCGAUUCAAUGGAUUCAACGCAAACUUCCCGUAGUAUUCAUCACAACAUUAAUAACAAUAUUCACAAUAAUCACAAUAAUAAUCAUCAAAACUCUUCGCUGUCUAAUGUGAUUGUAUGCGAGGGAUGGCUCACGAAAUCGCCGCCCGAAAAGCUAUGGAAAACUCGAAAAGGUUUUGUCAGUCAGGGCUUCAAUUCAGGCCAACAAAUCGUUUGCGAAAACUGGUCUUUAGUGCGAAUUGAUUGCAUAGCAUUGCAUGGGUUUGUUGUAAAGGUUGGACAGAAAUGGGGCCGCCGUUGGUUUGUGCUGAGACUCUCGGGUCAUAUCCCCGGCCAAUAUGUGCUCGAGUAUUACGCCGACGCCACUAAGAAGAAGAUUAAGGGAACCAUCGAUUUGGAUCAAUGCGAACAAGUCGACGCUGGCCUUCAACUCGAGAGUAGAAAAGAUAAUUUCCAGCAUAUGUUUGAUGUGAGGACUUCUAAGCGUACAUUUUAUUUGGUGGCCAACAGUGAGAGUGAAAUGAAUCGAUGGGUUGAAUGCAUUUGUUCUGUUUGUGGCCUCAAAAUACAUGUGGAAGAGGGACAGGACGACAGGUAUUCGCCACAACCGAGUCAGGAGUUUGCCUUCAGUGCCUCCAAUAAUAAUAACAAUGUUUCGUCGAAUAACACGAAUACGUCGACCGGAGUGUCGUUUACGGCCACAUCGACGGCCAUAACGUGUGCGCCGACGUCGAGCACAACUGUGUCGACCAAUACAUUAACCAAAUCUAAUAAAAACUCUGUGAAUGUGAAUAAUAUGAAAAAUAACUCAAAGACCAAUACAGAGAAUACGUCCAAUACUCGCAUUUCGGUGACACACAUCGAGGGCCCGUCGGGUCCUUAUAUACCAAUCAGUGAGUGCCACACAGGAAAGCCUAUCAACGGAAGUUUGACUGAUUUGGAUGCUGUGCCACAAUUGCCGUACAAACUGAGCCGAACUGUUUCCGAUGAUUGCUAUGAUAUCCCGCGUCAACUCAAUCCACAGAUGGACUCUAAUGACAACAUUAGAGGCAACGAUCUGUUAGAUUGUGUGCCAAAAGCGCCCAAAAGUGCCACAAAUAAUCACUCGAAAGAAGUGCGAAAUUCUGAUUCAACGGUAUAUAACGCCCCGCGAGUCAAUUGGAGUACAUAUCCGCGCGACUCACCCGAAGCCCUCGCAUUCAAUGCCAAUGACGGCACCCGUACUUCAGUGCGGAGUUGCAACGCGUCGGUCGACGUGACGGCCAGACAUUGCAGUGUAAAUGAUUCCGGUUUUGAAACCCAUCGCUCGUCGUCUCCGCUGAGCAGUGAUUUCAAUCGCGACUCAAUUCAAAGUUCGGACAGUAGUGCACACUUUCAACCGCCUCCGCGCCCACCAAAGCCUCCCAGUCUUAGGAAGUCUAAGAACAAGUCAGAGAGCAGUGGUUCCCUUCCGAAUGUGUCCCAAUUAUAUGACGUUCCCAUCACUGCUGUCGAGCAAAACUUUACGAAACCAGAGGACGAGAAUUCGCUCAAACAUAAGUCGUCCGAAUCGCCCAAAUCUCCCGACGAUUUGUAUGACUUUCCACGAAUGAACGUCCGCUCAGACGCCGCGACAGCACUGCAACCAAAUGGCAGCCCAGAUAGAGAAGUGCCGCUAAUCAACGCAACGGUUCCCAUAGCUUUCGAUCGGUCGAGUAUGAAGUCAUCGAAGAAACACUCGUACACUAACGCACCGGCAGGUUAUUUCACCAACAAGGAGUCCGUCUUCAUCUACGAAUAUAAGCCUACCCUUACCUCUGGGGCCGUCGAAGACAAUUCAAACGCCUUCGCGACCACCGCUGACUCCCAUCAGGAUCGGAGUCCCGUCACACCCAACUCAGCCUCUUAUAGCAAUUCAAUCAUUUCUAGUUCCUUACCAAACAGUCUGGUCGUCGGCCCGCCGGCCGUCCACAGAGAACUCAAGCCCCGGCGCAAGGGUUCCGACAGCGACAGCGCAACACUUCCAUCGCCUACUAUGAAGGCGCCUCCCAUGCAAUUACAACCCCCGCCCGCACUCACACGCAUUCAUAGUGCGCCCACUAAACGCAGUUUUAGAAAACCCAGAACUCCCGGACACUCUCAGGUGACAAUCAACGGAACGCCGCCGAGAAUACCGUCGCGAGUGUUACAGAAUAAUCACAACCGCGAGCCCUCCACUUCCGAAGACGACGUUAGCCUCAAUGGGAACGGAAGUCGACGUAAUUCAGCCAACGAUGAGGUUAAGGGAACAGUAGUGCCGCCGCCUCGUCGGCCCUUCGAAGGCAGUGAAAUACAAUAUCUAGAUCUAGACCUGGAGUCGGACACUAACUCCCAGAGUCCGCGAACACCUAACGAACACAAUCACCAGAGAAGCGGUUCGACGCUAUCUAAUAAAGAGUUGUCAUUGAAUGCGAGUCAAAGCCAAGCGGCCAACCCUUCGGGAUCGACGGUUUACAAGACCGUAGACUUUGUGAAAACGUCUGCUUUUAACAAAAUGCGUGUAAAUCAGGAAUCGUAUAGAAAUUCAAAGGAUAAAUGAUAACAUUUGGUUAACAUUAGCUUUGAUAUAAACUCAUAAAUAGAGAGCAUAAGUAAACACAAUUUAUACGAUAUUUGCCUUAAAAACGUUUUACUGUAUAUAUAAAUAUGAGGUCUUAUAAUAUAAAUAUAAGUAUUUUUGCGUUAAACUAUUAGUGCCAUAAAAAUGAAGUUUUGAAAA